AUGCCGCUCAGCGAAGAGGCGGCGCUGUUGUUACCGCCAGUGGCAGCGCCAGACUCGGCAGAGGCGGUCCCCGAGCUGGUAGGCGACGAGGUAGCCGUGCCGGUGGAGCUCGCAGAGUCCGAGUUGGAUUCGAGCAGGGCCGAGAGGUCGCUGUUGUCGCUGGCCGUGACGGUCACGUCGGUGCCGUUCUUGCACUUGCUGUUCUCGGAGCCGGUGCCCUCGACAAAGUUGACGGUGGCGCACUGCGCGGCAUGGGGAGAGAUACUUCACAGCGUAGAGAAUGCCGUCGGUGGCGCUGCCGAUGAUGUUGAUGACGCUCGCGGCCUGCCGACUCAGCUCUCAGGCGCCGUCACGCCGGGCUGGCAGUUUGAGCCGUAG